AUGUCCGCGCCAGUUAAUGACUCCUCCUCGGAACCGAAACCUCUUAACGAGAAGACGGACAGAUAUAAUUCCAGCUCCUCAGAGGACGGCACGGUGGUGAACGAUGUAUCAUAUCCUCCAAAACUAACGAACACGGCAGUUAACAUAGCAAUGGAGGAAGAUCCGCAUUCUCCCUGCCGUUCCCCGUCGCAGCACAGGGAAAUUGCCAGUCGUCUAGAUGAUGAAUUGGCUAUGAUGGAGGCAGAGCGUGUCGUGUCGUCACUCGACAGAAAGUUAUCUACGCAUGAGAGAGUUGGCCGUUCCAUGUCCUUACUGCGCAGCCGCUCGAGGCGCUCUGAACCUGUCGACGAAUUCGAAGCGGCAACAAACCCGCUGCAUGAACAGGCUGCCAUUUUCAACCCACCCGAGAACCCAACAACAAACUUGGCCAAGUGCUUCAAAAGGAUUCACGAAUCCAGUUUCUUGGUUCGCUAUUUCACUUAUAUUACUCCACUGGUUUUGGUCCUUCUCAUUCCACUAUUGGCUGGCUUAUUUGCCUUUCCAAAUGCAAAUGUUGGUGGUGUACAGCUACUAUGGUUCUCCGUGUGGUUGGAGAUUGUCUGGCUCACCCUCUGGGCUGGUCGCAUCGUUGCCAAAUGCCUCCCUAUCCCCAUGGGCCUGAUAGCGAGUAUACUCACCAACAAUGCAAAGAAGUGGCGUGAUUUGGGGAAGCAGCUUGAACUUCCCGCAACUCUUUUCUUCUGGUGCCUCGGAAUCGAGGUAUCCUUUUUGCCAACUAUGACAAACCACCAUAUCGACGGGAAUCGUGCUACCAGAUCAUGGGAGGUUGUCGUCAAUAAAAUCAUUGUUUCCUUUUUUGUAGGCGCAACUGUCAACUUUAUUGAGAAGAUUAUCAUCCAGCUGGUAGCCAUCAGCUUCCAUCUUCGCACGUAUGCGGAUCGCAUUGAGAUUAACAAAUUCCAAAUCGGAAGCUUGGCCAAGUUGUAUGGCUAUUCCAGGGAAAAAAUUACAUUGCAAGAUCGCGACUUUGAAGAAUCUCCGCCGCAGAGCUCUGGCACGCGGACUCCCAUGCAAUAUGCUGGAGUCGCACAACGGGUUGCGCGAUCAGCCUUAAACCGGGUCGGGGACGUCGCCGGAGCAGUUGCCGGUGAUUUCAUAGGGAAGAAGGUUGCUAAAAGUUACCAUCCUCACCAGGUCGUGCUGAAUCUCCUAAGCACAACAUCCGGCAGCCAGGUUCUUGCCCGCCGUCUAUACCGGACUUUUGUCCGCGAAGGAUUCGAGACCAUUUUCUCAGGGGAUCUCAAGGCAGCAUUUGAAAACGGAGACGAGGCAGAGGCCGCUUUUACCAUGUUUGACAAGGAUAUGAAUGGCGACAUUUCCAUGGAGGAACUGGAGGCCGUAUGUGUUGAAAUUGGCAGGGAACGCAAGUCCAUCACCGCCUCACUAAAGGAUCUCGACUCCGUCGUUUCCAAGCUUGAUAAUGUCUUGGCCUUUAUCGUCGUUGUUGUUACUAUUCUCGUGUUUUUGUCUCUGAUUUCUCCGUCCACUGCUGGUUCAAUCGUAUUCGUCUUCAUCAAGCAUCCGUUUGACGUGGGAGAUCGAGUCUCAAUCUACGGAAAUACCGGCGCAGCUUUAACCGGUGACGACUAUUUUGUGAAAGAAAUUGCUCUGCUUUAUACGGAAUUUAAGAAGAUGGAAGGGCAUGUGGUGCAGGCACCUAACAGCUAUCUCAACACCCUUUUUAUAUUAAACCAACGGCGAAGUGGGGCCCUGGCAGAGGCCGUCCCCAUCGUCAUCAAGUUCGGAACCACACUUGAGCAGAUUGAUACCCUACGUCUACGGCUCACGGAGUUCGUCCGCUCUGAGAACCGCGAGUAUCAGGGUAAAAUUCUCACUGAGUUGCGACAGGUGACUGAGAACUUCUCCAUCACCCUCAACGUCGUCUUCUUCUAUAAAUCAAACUGGCAAAACGAACUGCUUCGUCUUCAACGCCGCAACAAGUUCAUCUGCACUCUUAUGCUUGUUCUACAGGAAGUCGGCAUUGAAGGACCACGCAUGAACAUGAUUGGCGCGAGGCAAGAACUGCCUUACCACAUUUCCCACGAAGGUGCUCCACCCACAUAUACAAACGGAAGAGGCCCUGAUUCGUCCAUGCCCGAUGAACCGACAGAUCCACAGCUAGUGGCCGAAUCCCGCGACGCGUUAGGAGACCUGGGCCACGGUCAUUCCACCGGCCUGAACAGACAUGCAUCCAUCCUCCGCCGCCGUUCCUCCACGACCAUGAAUUCUCGCGCCAGGCAAGGAUCCAUUUCCAAACGCGUCGACUUCUCCUUAGGCAUGAGCGAACUCAGUGCGGGAGACUCCAUGUCAGACGUCCACACCGACCGCCGGCAUCCAAAAGUCAACGACAUAAUCCGCAACGCGAACCGCGAAUCCGAAGAGCGCCGCCGGAAAGAGCAAGAAGAAGCCGAAGCGCAACGCCGCGUUUCUGAGCUGGAAGAGUCCCGCUCCCGCAGUUCGGUGGAUUCACAUCCGUCACGUCUCGUUGCCUCCGCGGGCCUUCCACCCACGCACGGUAGCCUGUCGUCCCCUAUCCACCGUGAGCGUUUCUUCUCCCGCCUAGGUUCACGUUCAUCCAGAAAAGGGAAGUCAAGUGUCCGUAACAAGGACCAUGUAACGGCCGACACGGAGCUGAUGGAGCAAGGACGCUACACGGGACUGAGUUAUAUUCCUUCGCAUGAUCCGCUAGACCCCCAAUCGGGCAGCGAUUCGACCCGCGCUGAACAGGAUGAUAUUCUUUUACAUCACCCACCUUCGCCUGGUACAGAUGAUAGGAGGUAG